CUGAACAUGUAACCUCGCAACGUUUACCUACUCGCACGCGUCGCGCUGUAUCGGUCAGCGCGUUAACAACAUUAUUAUUAUCCUUUUACAUCUAGUCAUAUAACAUUAAUGACACGCGAAACUCGUUUCUUAUAAUAAUUACGAGUGAGAAUUUUUCGAACCUCAAUAUUACACAAUUUUUUUUAUUAAAGUGUUAUGAGAUGUGGAAGUGGUUAGCGUUCAUAUGGUUGAUCGCAACAAAAUUGCUGAAGGAGCCAGGGCCCGUGAUAAGAGUGAAAGAUGGACUGCUCCGAGGCAGGACUAGUGGGGAUGGCAACUUCUAUCAGUAUUUCGGGAUUCCUUAUGGAACUGUGGAUCAGACCAAUCGUUUUCAAGCACCCCUGCCACCAAUAAAAUGGAAAGGGAUCUUCGAAGCUAUCAAUGAGAACACGAGAUGUCCCCAAAAGAUGUUUGGUCCUAUUAUCGCCGGCACUGAAGAUUGCCUCAAACUAAAUAUCUACACGCCCAUAACCGCCGUUUCACAUUUACGUGCUGUGAUGGUUUACAUCCACGGGGGAUGCUUUUUUGAAGGAAUAGGAAGUGCUUUUUUAUACGGGCCUGAUUACUUUGUAGAAAAUGACGUCAUCUUUGUUGGCAUCAAUUAUAGACUGAACGUCGAAGGAUUUCUCUGUUUGGGUAUUAAAGAAGCGCCGGGCAACGCCGGCCUGAAGGACCAAAUAGCAGCUCUUAGAUGGGUUAAAGAAAAUAUCGCUGCAUUCGGUGGUAACCCCAAUAAUAUAACAAUAUUUGGUGAGAGUGCUGGUUCCGUGUCUGUAUCACAUCACAUUAUGUCUCCCGCUUCUAGAGGACUUUUUAGUAGAGCAAUCUUACAGAGUGGCUCUUCAUUGGCGCCCUGGGGUCUUCAACACGAUCCUAUUAAUACCGCUAGAAAUUUAGCUAAAGAAUUCGGAUACUAUGGCAAAGAUCCUCUUGAGAUUUAUAGGACUCUAUCAAAUAGAAGUACUGAAGAGUUAAUUAAUGCAAUAAAAUUAAAAGAAAAUAAGAAUUAUAUAACUGCAGAGAUACUAUUUGCACCGUGUGUUGAAAGUGCAAUUCCUGGAGUAGAGCCUGUAAUCACUGAACAUCCCUUGGACACUAUUAUUUCCGGUAAUUACACUAAAGUUCCUAUGAUAAUAGGGUACAAUAACCAAGAAGGUAUAUAUUUUGUAGCGAAAGAUUUUGGAACCAGUUUAAAACAAAAACCCAAUGAUAUUUUACAUGGAGACCUAGAAUUUCCAUCAGAAUUGAGCAAAAACGCAAGUAUGGAAGAGAUAAAUGAAUACUACUUUUCAUCGGGGAAAGAGGAUUUAAUUAUGGACAUGAUUAAUUUAUAUUCGGAUCUGCAUUUUAAAUACCCAGCCGUGAUUGAAUCCGAAUUGUACGCGAGGACGAGCGACCAACCCAUUUAUUACUACUUAUUUAAGUACAGCGGGUAUAUCAACAUGCCGAAGAUUAUCUCACUCUUCGGGUUUGUGCAAGGGGCGUCUCAUGCAGAUGAGCUUUUUUAUUUGUUCAAACCGCAUACUUUCCCAUUGCCGACUCGCAUUCUAGAAACCCAAAUGAUAAAACGAAUGGUCACAUUGUGGACUAACUUCGCGAAAUACGGCGAACCAACGCCGAACACAUCGCCUCUCUUACCUGUAAAGUGGCAGCCCAGCCAGGCUUGGAACCCCACAGCCUUGGUCAUUGACCGACACCUAACCACUGGCCCUCUCUGGGAUGAGGGCUCCGUGUCUCUAUGGAAUAAAACUUACAUUAAGUACAGGAGGAAACGUUACGGAUUUCGAUAAAGAUAUUUACCAUAUAGUACAGAAAAUAUUUUUUUAUACUUGCUUUGUUUUUGAGAUUUACGAUUCGGGCACUGGUAAGACAAAAGAAAAUUUUUUUAACAUAAAGGCAGUUCACUAGCCUAUAAAACAGACAGAGACACAACCAUGUUUGCCUUGUUGUGGUUGACAGUUAUUGAUAAAUAAAAAAUAUGUGAUAUUGUAUAUUCUUAGGAAGGGGUGUGUUACGGGUAUUAGGUUGUGUUAAAUAAUUGAAGGUUAAGUGUAUGUUUAGUGAUACUAAAUCUAGUCCUAUAAAUUUCGUAACGAAAUAAAUAUAAUUUUAAACUACACGAAAUCUAUGUUAUAAAUAUAUAAGAGUCUAAGUUAUACAUUAUGUAAUAAAUCAUUAUGCAAAUUGUACCGUGAUUGUGAUUAUUGAAUACAAUGUAAUCUGCGGUUACAGUCUACUCUCAAAUUAAAUUAAUAAGUGCUUUGUCAAUUAUGUACCUACUAUCAAUAAUGUACAAGUAUCUCAACUCUCGUGUGUAACGAGGCCGUUAGAAUAUCUGCGUGCAUGUAACAAUCACAUCGCUUUACCACCAUUUGACAUUUCACAAAAUCAAUGUAAUAUUAUGAUUCUUUAACCACGCGGUAGGCUAUAUUCGGCACGGUCGUGAUGCUUAUCUCAUCAUCAUCAAAGACUGUACACUUAUGGGGCUAAACCUCCGCAAGUAUCUUUCGCUAUCGCAAUCUAUCAGGUGUUUAUUCUUUCCUUAUUUAUUCUACGCCUUAAUUAGUUAUUAAAACAUCACAAUAAUCAUGAAACAAUUGCCUUUAUAAUUGAGAUCCCAGCGCGAUUCAAAGUUCCGUGUCUUAUUUUUGUUUAAAUGCAAAACGAUGUAACAAACAAUGUUGGUAGCUGCGAAGUUGUUACAAAGUGCAAUAUGAACGACGCUUCUACAAAAAGUUGUAAAUGAACAAAAAGACAAACAGAAUAAGCAAGUUGGACAGCUGUUCGUCUGUCGAGUGAGCCGCUGAGCGCGCCAAGAGGCAACUUAUGCAUUCAAUACAACUCAGACAAUAACUUCUUCGCAAAUAAAAAUCGCGCUCACGGAAUUCGUGGAUGGAUUUUUUGCAGGGCCGAGUUCAAUGUACAAUAUGAUUACUGCAGAUUUAAAUAACUUUUAGAUGUACGGCUGCAUUCAAAAAUAAAAAUCAAACUUGACAAACGUGAACACACAAGGUUUUAGAACCCAGAGCUGAUGUUGAUCAGAGAGUGGCUUCAGAAUGACUGUUUUUCCUGAAACAUUCAAAUUUACCUUAUUUAUUAAAAUGUAUUAAAGUUUCAUGUUUCA